AGUUAUUUUUGUUGGUGAUUAGAAUAUACUGUGAGUAUUUUCUUUUCUUUUCUUGUGUGGACCUCAAAGACAACGCAGCCUGAUUUCCUCUCAAGCAAGCAAGCAAGCAAGCAAUCAAUCAAUCAUUAUUAUUAUUAGGUUAUAUAUUUUGUGAAUGUGAAUGAAUGAGAUGAAUGAUUCAGUGGGAUACACACAAGCGGUAAAUGUGGGGGAAUCAGGCAGUAGUAGUGGAUGAAUGUAUUGCCUGUGACAACAAUCCCCAUUCUGCCAAUCAGGGGAUGGUCACUCCUGAUUCACUGUUUCCUCCUUCUGAGCCUCCCGACAUAAAAAAUUGGUUCUCAAGCUACGAAAAUGAAUCCCUUGUACUUGAAACAAAUGAUAUUUUUGGAUUCUCCGACCAUCAAGAUUCAGACGAUCAACACUGUUUAAGGGGGGAGUGCACUUCAAGGGAGUUGGCCAUCAAAGAGAUGAACAACACUCCAAGCAUGUUGAAACAAGUGAACGAGAGUCGGAACCAGGAUUCAGACUCUCCAGAUUCUCCUCUCCUCACCCUUGUUGAAUCACAACCUCCUGGCAUUGAAAACUGGUUCCCAAGCUAUGCAUAUGAAUCUCCAGUACCUGAUGAUGAUGUGGACAGAUUCGUACUUUCUCCUAUUUACAAAGAAAACAUGGUUGUUGGCGAUGGAAAGCAAGUGAAGGAGGUGGAAAAAGCUGAAAACUUGGCACAUGUUCCAUCUGAUGAGAUGAUUUGUCAUCAGAUGAUAAAGGUGUGUCAUACUGAUAAUGAUUCAACAGAAUGCUUGAAAGACUCAACUGAGUUACCUGAUGAAGAUGCUAAUAUGAACUCACCUAAAUAUGUUAAUCAAAUGUUGCCUGAAGCUAUUUCCUUAGAUGCAAAUGGUGAUGGAGAUGGUUUUGUUUCAAUCCAAAAAAACAAGAGCAAAAUAGAAAAUUACAACAACUCAAUGCGUGGGGAUCAUCAAAAGAGAGCUUCUUCAUAUGUUAGUAAGACAAAGAAAGGUAAUGAAAGUGCAGGAAGGAAGAUAUUGGGUGACGUAACAAACGUUGAUGAGCAUUCUGGAAAAUGGAAAUGUCCACAAAAGAGGAAGCCGGAUAUCGGUCCUCCAUUGAAGCAGCUACGACUUGGAAAAUGGUUUCAUUAUGCAUAGGAUGUAGCCCAUACAUCUUAUGAGCUUCUUUCUUGUCGUUGUAACCUGUAGGACGAUCUCAAAUAAUACUUUAAUUUGCAAUGCAGUAUUUAUAUCUA